AUGCCAACUCGAAAAGAAGCGGACAACGACCCGGAUGAAGAGCGUCUCUCUAAGCGUCCUCGUAAGCCCACGGAACGGGGUCAGCUCUACGCGCAAGCUCGCUCGGAAGGUGCCAAAAAGAACACGAAGACACGCGAGAAGGCAUUGCCACCAACGCAAGGGAAAAAUGUAUCCGCAGCGAAGCCGCAGAAGACGUCGACCUCUGCAAGCAAAGGUAAUGCGCAACACGCCGGCGCAUCCGCAGCAAAAUCCAAACGCCGCCACGAUGAGUUCCGCAUAGAAACAUUGCCGACAAACCGCACCAGCGAGAAGGCCAACCCAAUCGACAUGCAUGCCCGUGCACGUGCCCUACCCCGCACCUCUGACUCCGAGCCAGCCGCCUCUCGCGCAGCGGCGGACAAGGCAUCCGCUCAGCGCCAGCAACCUGAACGCCACUCGUCGGCAUCCACUAGCUCACGUCGUCUGACCCAGGAGAGUGCUGCCAAGCUGGCGGCAUUGAGAAAUCCGCAGUUCCCCUUAUCUCCCGCGCCCCCCGGGCCUCCCGAUAGCCUCGGGCUUCCGGCGGCUAUUUCUCCCUUUGACCACUACACCCAGGGCGAACAAGACGUCGCAAACGCGCUGCAUAUCAGGUGCGCGUUCCAUGCGCUACCCAAGUACUAA